AUGCUCGCACUAAGCUGUCCCGCCAUUAUAGAAAGGUCCAAUUGUCGGUGCGUUUCUUGCGGCAUGGAUAGCGGAUAUGACGCUGCGGCUGUUCGUUCGCAGUUCAUCGAAUUUUUCAAAUCCAAAGGUCACAAAUAUGUGCAUUCGUCUUCCGUUAUACCAAUAAACGAUCCCAGCCUCCUUUUUACUAAUGCGGGAAUGAAUCAGUGGAAACCCAUAUUUCAGGGUACAGUGGAUCCAAAUACGGAAAUGGCAUCAUACAAACGUGUCGUUAAUUCGCAAAAAUGCAUUCGCGCUGGCGGCAAGCACAACGAUCUGGACGAUGUUGGGCGAGAUGUUUAUCAUCACACUUUUUUUGAAAUGCUUGGGAAUUGGUCCUUCGGUGAUUAUUUUAAGAGAGAAGCCUGUACCUGGGCGUGGGAACUCCUAACCAAGGUCUGGAAGCUUCCAGAAGAUAGGUUUUACGUCACUUACUUUGAAGGUGACAAAGAUGCAGGUUUGGAAUCUGAUGAGGAAGUGCGUCAAAUAUGGAUUGAAGUGGGUGUGCCUUCGGAACGUGUUUUACCGUUUGGGAUGAAGGAUAAUUUUUGGGAGAUGGGCGAGACCGGUCCUUGUGGUCCGUGCUCCGAGAUUCACUACGAUCGUAUUGGUGGUAGAGACGCCUCGAAACUCGUAAAUAUGGAUGAUCCUGAUGUUUUGGAAAUCUGGAAUCUCGUUUUUAUGCAGUACAACAGGGAGGAAGGUGGUUCGUUACGUCCUCUUCCCGCAAAACAUGUGGAUACAGGCAUGGGUCUGGAACGUAUCGUCUCUGUCCUUCAGAACAAGCGAUCCAAUUAUGACACCAAUUUGUUCUUACCUUAUUUUGAGGUCAUACAUAAGGCCACUGGAGUCCGACCGUAUUCUGGAAAGUUGGGGGAUGAGGAUGAAGGCAGACUUGACUUUGCUUAUCGCGUGUUGGCUGAUCACGUACGCAACCUUACGAUUGCGUUGAGUGACGGUGGUCAGAUCUCCAAUCAAGGUCGUGGCUACGUUUUACGUCGAAUUCUACGGCGCGCGAUCCGCUAUUCCAUCGAAGUUAUCGGUGCCAAACCGGGCUUCUUUUCUUCUCUCGUAGAUGUGGUUGUUGGUUCUCUCGGCGACGCUUUUCCCGAAGUGAGAAAAGAUCCAACGGAAGUUAAAAAAUUAAUUAACGAAGAGGAACAACAGUUCCUUCUUACUCUCCGACGCGGUCAGCGACUUUUAAAGCAAGAAGUGGAGCGAUUGAAGAAGUCACGAGCGGAUACCCUGCCUGGUGCUGUGGCAUGGCGCCUCUAUGACACAUAUGGCUUCCCUCUGGAUCUCAUUCAAAUCAUGACGAGCGAAGUUGGUAUCGAGGUUGAUGUUGAUGGCUAUGAGAGGGCAAAAGAGGAGGCCCUGCUGAGGAGCCAGAGCACCUUGAGUACUGGGAUAUCGGGAAUUGACCUCGACGUCCACGACAUCGCCAUCUUGCAGAAUCGUGGAGUGCCUUUGACCGACGAUAGCCUCAAAUACGAAUACAAGUAUAACAGCAAAAGGCGUAGAUAUGUGUUCCCGGAGUGUACGGCAUCGAUCAUCGCUAUCCGCACGGCGGAAGGUUUUGUGGAUAGUGUAGAAGGAACAGGCAAAAUUUGUGGCCUUGUCCUUGAUCGCACUAUCUUCUAUGCCGAGGCUGGCGGACAAGCUGAAGAUCACGGUUUUAUCGUCAGUGAGGCAAAUGAUGCUAACGGGCUGUCUGUGUUUGGAGUACGCAACAAGGGUGGUUUUGUACUCCACUUGGGUCAACUGGAGGGUAUCCUCUCUCUUGGGGAAAAGGUGCACAUUGGGUUGGACACGGUACGUCGAGUGGGUCUUAUGCGAAAUCACACCGGCACCCAUGUUCUCAACUUCGCCCUUCGACGCCUCUUGGGUGAGGCUGACCAAAAAGGCAGUCUUGUAUCGCCAGAUCGCCUCCGCUUUGACUUCUCCGCCAAGGCACGUUUACUUUCUCUGAAACCAAGUUAUCAUUUUUUCACAUAUAUCCCCUUUCACGCCCUAACGAAGAAUCAAGUACUUCAAACAGAGGCCAUUUCUCGAAAAAUGAUAGGAUCAGCUCAGCCUAUUUACGCAAAGGACGUGUCCCUGGUUGAUGCAAAAGCAAUUCAGGGGCUUCGCGCUGUUUUUGGCGAGGUGUACCCUGACCCUGUUCGCGUCGUCUCCGUUGGUGUGCCGGUGGAGAAGCUGAUCACCUUCAAGUCUAUUGACAAAGCCACUAGAACCUCUGUUGAACUUUGUGGCGGGACGCACGUGACAAAUGUGGCUCACAUCGGCAAGUUCGUUAUUGUCUCGGAGGAGGCCAUCGCAAAAGGCAUUCGACGGAUCGUCGCCGUCACCGGACCAGAAGGAGAACGUGCAGAAAGAGAGGCAAUGAAACUUCGAAGUGAUGUUACCGAAAUAAUUGGCGCCGUCGCGAGAGCGACUUCCAACAAAAAACUCGACUUGCGUACAUGUCGUCAGCUGGCAGCCAAACUUAUUGCGAUGGCGGAGAGCGUUGACGCUGCACAAAUUGGAGUAGGGCCCCGGGAUGAGAUGCGUACAGCAAUAAGCGUUGCUAGAAAGCGCUUGGACGACUUCGAUAAGACCCUUAAGUCUACGAUAGCUGAUCAGGUCAUGGGGGAGGCCAAGAAAAUUUGCCAGGGCCCAACCUGCGACUUCAUAGUCCAUAUCUUCAACGCGGGGUCCAAUGCAAAGGUCCUCAACACUGCCAUGAAAACGAUAGAAAAGGCAUUCCCCUCAACUGCCAUUAUGGCGCUGUCCCUGGAUGCGGACGAUGGCAAGGUUCUUUGCCUUGCCCAAGUUCCCAAGGUAUUAGUCACGCGAGGCCUGAAAGCGAAUUCGUGGGUAGAAUGUGUCUCCUCUUUGAUUAAUGGCAAAGGCGGUGGCAAAGAAAUCUCGGCCCAAGCCAGUGGGUUAUCAAACGGAGUUCCUAUGUCUCAGAUGGUCGCUGCAGCAACUGAUUUUGCCAAAUCAAAUAUCGCAUGA